AGUCAACUUUGACACUACAAAUUGCGUUAAGUAUUUUAACAAGUUUUGUUUCAUUGGUGCAUAUUUUCAUUACAAGUACAAUGGUACUAUUGACCUUCCUAGUCUACAAUUUAUUAUUUGUUUGCACUGUCAGCGGAGGAUAUAUUAGCUCAAUAAAUAAUGACAUAUCCUCAUUUAUCCAGAAGUCUAAUAUUUUUGAUUUUCUAUUUCCCGGAACCAAUAAUAAUAUGCCUUCAUUUAGUACACUUGAAAAGUUAUCCGAUAUUGGAUUUAGAAAUCGGGGACAUUCAAAUAUUUUCGGAUGGAAACAACCAGAGAACACUUGCCCAAUUGGCCCUAGAUAUUGUUCCAACUCUCGAUACAGAUCUAUUGAUGGAUCUUGUAAUAAUUUGCAAAACCCGACGUGGGGUAUGGCGGAGACUCCUUACGGGCGUUUAACGAAGUACAACUAUGCUGAUGGUAUCAGCGCGAUGCCAAUUUCCUUGACUGGCAGACAAUUACCCAAUCCCCGGGAAAUUAGCGUAAGGCUUUUUCCAGACAAGCAAUUAAUUGAUCCAGUCUGGAAUUUGAACGCGCAACAAUGGGGACAGGUUGUAACGCAUGAUAUGUCUUUAACCGCUGGCGUAGCACAAUCACAUAAGGAUUUACUAACAUGUUGCGAUGAGAACGGUCAAUUAGCCCCUGAUGCUACAUUCAAUCCCUCGUGUGCUCCAAUCAUGGUCCCACCUGAUGACGUCAUCCACGCAGCUCAGGGCACGCAGUGCUUUAAUUUCGUGAGAACAGGCACCACGAGAGAUAGAGGCUGCACUCCACCAUAUGCUCCCGCUCAACAGAUAUCUAUAGUUUCUUCAUACAUGGAUUUGUCAAUGGUUUACGGCGCGAAUGAUUCGCAAGCAGACGCGCUACGGUCUUACAUCGGUGGACGACUGACGACAGUUAUCAGAGGGGGACGACAGUGGCCGCCGCAAGACUCUAAUGUAACCUUGACUUGUGAAUCUGCAUUAUCACCUAAUGAACCCUGUUACUUGACUGGUGAUAUAAGAGUGAAUCAAAAUCCACAGCUGACGAUACUGCAAAUUAUUCUUAUGCGUGAACACAAUCGUAUCGCAGAUACAUUAUCCAGACUCAAUCCAUUCUGGGACGAUGAAACUAUUUACCAAGAGGCGCGUCGCAUUCACAUCGCUGAAAUACAACACAUUAAUUAUUAUGAAUAUCUACCUAUUUUCCUCGGUUACGACAAUAUGGUGGAAAACAAAUUGAUCUACCCUGGAGCGACGGGCUACGUCAAUGAUUAUAAUCCUACCGUCAAUCCGACAGUACUAGACGAACACGCUACUGCGGCGUAUAGACAUUUCCAUACGCUGAUUCGAGGACAUUUACAAAUGAUCAGCGAGAGUCGUAAGUUGGUUGGUGCAGUACGCUUAAGCGACUGGUUCAACAGGCCCAUACUGAUUGAAGCUAAAGGCGUAUUCGACGACUUGACUAGAGGACUCACAGCUCAGCCACAAGAUUUCAGCGACCAGUUCUGGGACAGUGAAAUAACACAGUUUUUCUUCAAACGCAACAAAACAUUUGGUGAAGAUUUAAGAGCCGCUGAUAUACAACGAGGGCGCGACCACGCCUUAGGGAAUUACAUAUCUGCGCGCGCCGCCUGCAACCUGCCUACACCAAAUACAUUCGAGGAUAUGUUGGACUUCAUCUCACGAGAUAACGUGGAAAUACUCCGCAAUCUAUAUGAGAGCGCAGAAGACGUCGAGUUAGUGGUGGCAGGAUCUUUGGAGCGCAAUCUCCCGCACAUGCAGACAGGACCCACCUUCCUCUGUAUCAUAACAGAACAAUUCUAUCGCACCAGAGUCGGCGAUCGAUACUUCUAUGAAAACGGAAAAGACUCUAACAUCGCUUUUACACCAAGUCAAUUGGAAUCAAUUCGACGCGGAUCGUCAAUGGCGAGGCUACUCUGUGACAACGCUGAUAAUAUUCAAUCGAUGCAGCCGCGGGCUUUCCAGCAAAUAUCGCAUGCGAAUCAAUUGGUUCCAUGCUCUGAUUUGCCCACAAUCGACUUAUCAUUAUGGCAAGAAAAUCCUGCAACACACCGUCAAAUCAGUACGAUAUGGUAAUACAAUAGACAUACCUUUAAAAGAUUUUUAGUAUCGUCAAAUUUCCUUGUUUUUUUUUCCUAUGUAGUACUUAGAUAUAAGGCGAUAG